GUGGAGAUGGGAGGGAGCAGAUGUUUACUCCAACUGACGAGGAAUAUAGACGCAUAUAGAGAAGAUGAAUCUGGAGGAAAGGGGUUACUGGUGGACAAGCUACAUUGGCUCUACUUUAUCAGCCAGGGGCUGCACUCGGAUGAUCUCUGGACCCACAGAUUGAGUAACACCACAUCAAGAGGCAGGCAGCUCCAAAAUAAUCAUUGCGAAACAAGGGCAGGGUAGCAGGAAGACGUGAAUCGCACAGAGUCAAAAGAAAAGCAAAGUUGGGGGAGAGCGUGAAUAGGGAGAGCAGCAGCUGUAAAAGAGUUCAACAUUGAUUCAGGGCUCUUUUAGGCACAAUGGUGGACAGAGGAUUGUGUCUGAGGUUUUGGGGAGGAGUAUGAAAGAUUUGAAAGGACUUGGGAGGGAGGAGGGUCAGAGGCACGGGUCCGGUAGAGAGUAAUUGUGGUGACAGCCAGUGCAAGGGGACGAGGACUCAUGUGAGUCACAGAGGAAUUAAAAGGUAAAAGACAAGGAGACGGACUGGCAGACCCAGAAACUGGACUUCAGUAUGGGUGUGAAGAGAAAGGCUGCUGCAGCUAUCUUAGUCCUGCUGCUGUUCCUCGGCUCCAUGUGGCUGCAGGGAGGUUUGGAUUACCAGUGGGAUUCCUGUUUGAAAGGUUAUAAUCAGGAGAAUAAGAUUCACCAGCUGUCCAACAGCAGUGGGGCCGAUGGGGCUGAGGGUCUGUGGGUCCUGGACGAGUGCCCCGGUCAGACCUUCCAGGUGUCAUUGCUGCUCACCCACUUGUCGGCGGCGCAGGCUGACACCUCGGAUGUGCUGCUGCAGCCCUAUCUGUCCAGCUGGGAUGAGCUCGUGAGGUUCAUGGAAGCUCUGGGCCCGAUGGUGGGACUGAUAUCUAAAGAGAUAGAAACAAAGACCUCCAUUAUUCGCCAAUUGGCCCUUUUGUCAGAGGGGAAUCCUGAGGCAGAGCUGGGCCCGGAUUUAAACUCAAUAAAUUCAGCAAUCACAGAGGCCGGGACGAAGAACAAUGUCAAGGCCUCAGAGCACGUAGAUGCUUACCGCUCUGUGCGCUCAAUGAUCUUGGUGGAGCUGGACCGAGGCGUGGUGGACUUCAAUCACCAGACGGACUCUGGAUGCCGGACUCUUCUGCGUCUGCAUCGGGCCCUGCUGUGGCUGAAGCUCUUCCUGGAGAAGCUGGCUGAGACGCCAGUGACCGGCCGCCUCAGGACCCCCUCAGACCUGUGUCGCGAGGCCUAUAAGAGCACGCUAGCCAAACACCACACCUGGUUUGUGCGGAAGGCAGCUGAGCUGGCCUUCAUUGCCAUGCCAGAGCGGGGUUUCUUCUACAGGCUGGUGUGCGUGCAGGACCAGGAGGAGAUGAGCUCGAUGCUGAGAAGAGUGGUUCAGGCCAUCGGAGAGGUUUAUGACAGGACUGAGAAAGCCCUGGAGGACAAUGACAUGCUAAACUUGCCAUAGAAGAUGGGACUAUCAGAUUGGACAUAGAGCCUCUACAGCUGUUUCACAAUGUUUUGCACUGUCCUCAUGGUUUCUCGUCUGGCAACUAAUUAGGUCUUGAAACGAGGAAACAAGAUUGGGCUUGAUUUGUUUUCAGCCAAGGUUUACAAGUGCCAUUUAUUCUUCCCAUCCCACAUAGCAACAUUUUAGUGUUUGCUAGAUUUGGGCCACAAUUAAGCCACUGCAGUACCGCAAUUGGUUUGGUUUGGGCCAUAUUCACCACUUACAACAUGGGCCACUUGUUAUGUAGUGGAGCAGGAACUUGACCCAAGCGCAAGACUUUUCAAAGUAAAAUUAAGGUUUGCAGAUUAUUACACAGUGAGGGAUUCAGGCACAUAAGGUCUCUGACUUGGUCGUUGUACUUGGUGUGGCGUGCUGUGUGGUGUGGCACGGGGGCGUUUUUUUUUGUGAUCAGCAGGAGAUAGCCAAAGAACAAGAAGCCAGGCUUCAGGCAGAUUGAAUGUGCCGAUGACCUAAAAGACAGGCAGGCAUUGUCGGGCCAGAGAAACUAACCGGGUGGCAGGUUGGUACAAGUGGAGCAUAACCGGAGAGAUUAACAAGCGUAGGCCGCACCCAGAAUGAAACCAAUACUGAUAGACACUACCGCUUAGUCAUACAGUAUUAUCUGAUGAUGAGUAGAUUGUAUUCCAGGGUGUUUAUACUGCAACGGUUGUUCAGUGGCAGUGAGUUGCAGGUGUGCCAGGGACCUGCAGGCAGAAACACACCCAGACCUGCCAUACCAAUCACACACACCCAUCCCAAGCAUGACUCACCAAUCACAAUACACACACACACACACACACACACACACACACACACACACACACACACACACACACACACACACACACACACACACACACACACACACACACAUACACACACACACACACACACACAGGGUUCGGAGGGGCAGCCGUCAAACCACUUUUGAUUUAUAUCCGGAUUAUACUUUACCUAAAGCACCUCAUGUUUGCCAAGAAACGCCUAUAUUUGUUUUUUGAUACUCGGGCCAUGUUUGCUUCUUAUCAAGUCGGCCACUUUAGGCUCACAUUCCUUUUAUCCGGGCCACAGGAAGGCCAGAAGGGUCGGUUCAUUGCCUGAAGUGACCCACAACUGUGUGCCAUCCGCGAACCAAAGUGCUGUGUCAACAAUCAAGUAAAUCAGUAAACAAAGCCAGUUCACUGUGAACCACGACAUUCCUUAUCAAAAAAAAAACACCUCUGGACUUGUUCUCACCUCAGAGGGAGUGUAAAGGCAGCGGAUAAUGUUUUUAGGCCUGCUACAGACCGAAUGUGAAUUAUUUAAUAAGCUGCUGUGCACGGUACCAUGAACACAAUCACCUCCACUGUAACACAUGUCACUGAGGAGCUGAUUUUGUCAUGGACUGUACGGUUUAUGUUUUUGUGCCAACCCCCGUCCAUAUGUGAUUGGUAAUUUUUAUGUUUGUACAUUUCAAAUGUUGUUGAAAAUGACUGCUGUUUUGAUUGGGGUUAAAUCUUGGAGAGUUGUUUGCUACCUCACAAUGAGCUAGGUUUAAACGCCUUGUAGACGGAACAAAUCUGGGACCAUCCAGCCAGAUCGAGUGGUGUUACAUGAAAGAAUAAAUCCAAUUUAGAGUACGCAGGAAGUUUUUGUAUGGUGUUCAGAAUAAUUAAAUAUAUAUAAAAUGAAUAAGACAGACUGCAGGUGCCUGUUUUAUGACAUAGUCCGGUAAUAUGAUAACUUUGACAUUUAAAUGCCACUAAGUUGUUGUGUAACACUGUUCAGCAGAGGAACCAGUGCUCUGCUAGUCUUAUCUUUCCUUACAACAGGGUGGACAUCAUCUAUGUGACAUGCACUCUACCUGCACAUGUAUGCUCUAAGUGGUGCAAUGGCACACAAAAUUAUUUUUAUAAGGCUUUCCCCCUUAUAAAGUCCUGUUUUAGGAACAUUUUACAUAUCAAAUGUUGAAUAUUAGAAAUCUCCUGAUUUGGAGCAAAUGAAGAGGAUACAAAUUAUACAUGAUCAUAAAAUAUUGAACGUCUGAGGGACGUGGUAAGUAGUAUGUGCAAAUAUCAGUCACUGGCACUGCUCUUGAUCAAUAAACUAUUUUAACCCCAUAAAUACCUCUAAUGCUACGUAAUCCCGGCUCUCUCCCUUUUCCUGGACUGCGCUCUCUCUUUCUGAGGAGAAGAAAGGAGAGAUAAAGAUAGAGCCUGAGGGCACAGAGUGAGAAGGAGACAGGAGGCGGUUGAAGGUCAGUGCGCAGCAAUACUCCUCGGCCUUAAUCUUGUCAAGCAGUUUGGGGGCUAGACUAUUUGUAAAGCAGCUCCCAAAGGGACAAACUUUCCAACCUGAGCCAGGAUUCAUACAUUUCUGAGCUCGGACCAAUCUAUAUGUUUGCCAUUGAACAAAUAGCAACAAGAAUAAGAGCAAGACUGUAAUCUGUGACCUUUGUACCACGAUGUGUGUCGGAAGAUGACGUGUUGCUGGUAUUUCAAGUAUGUCUCCACUUCUGCUUGAUGAAAUAAACUAUAGAGAUUUUUCACUCAUGUGGGGGAUAAGUCAAUCAAGUCACACAGAGAGAGAGACCUCGACUCUUUUGUCUUUCACCACUUCGGUCUGCACAGGUCAUCACUGGUGACCCCCGGCGUUGUAGGCUGCGAGGAUUACGGUGAAUGAGAUUACAUCAGAUUCCAUCUGACGUAACCUUUGACACAGGCUGACUGGCUUCUUUUUCUGUCCCCCUGCCUACUGCGUGCACUUGAUUCACGAUAUAAAGAUGAGAGACAUAGAGACAAGGUUACAUUUUUGAGUUCCCUUAAAUGACAUUUAUUUAUUUCUCUAUCUUGGUUUGCAGUAAACAUGAGCAAAAAUAUACAUACAAUAAGAGCAAAACAUAAAGAAUCCAGAAUAGAAUUAUCAUCCUUUUUCGGGCGAGAGUAUUCCUUUCUUGAACACCACAGUCUUAGGCAAUGAUAUGAUGUAAGAUGAGGUGAUAAGAGAGGGGGGAAUGGGGUUUUGUGAUGUCAUUUCUUAAUUAAAACAUGAAUUUCAAAUUUU